AUGAAACGUCCAUUUUAUUCCGCAACAGAAUCAUCAUCUAACCUACGAGAUCAUCUUAAUACUUCAUCAUCAACAACUAAAGCAACAUCAUCAAUAAAUGGUUGUGUUCGUUUUAAUGAUUUAACAUCGACAUCACAAACAUUUGAUGAACGUGAAAAAUAUCUUACUGCAAAAUAUCCUCAACAACAAAUGCAAUUAAUACGUAAACGAUUAAAAGUUGAAUUUUGGCUUGAUGAUCAAUUACGAUUUCUUUAUGAUAUUAAAGAUAAUAGUUCACAAGAAGAUCAUGAUCAAUGUCCCGAAGAUUUAAUUGAUUGUCUCUUAGACAUGGACAAUGAAUCAAAACGACGUAGAUUUCUUAUCGAAAAAUUGAGAAAUGUGAAACAAUCACGAUCAAUAACAAUGGUAAAUAUUUAUAAAGUGAUUAAUCAAUCAUUAUCAUAUAUUUUAUAG